AAUAAUUGAGAACCCCUGGAGCAACACGAGGUUUUGUGCGCCUUGCCGCAUUUCGUCAUUGGUCUCAAUAAUUUUUGUUUUUUUCGGUUUGUGAAUUACUGUUGAAAUUAGUAACGUGUAGAAAUGGCACCAAUCGGCUUACCGGUCGUAGCAAGAUUCAAUAAAUUUGCAAUAGAUACGAUCUGUCAAAUUACACGAAAAAAUUCCGCUAGAACUCUGCAGCCUUUUUGUAUGCAGCGCAAGCAGAGGUAUGGCACAGUUUCAGAGGAAAAGAAAACCGAUCAUCCAGAAACACUAGAGUUAACGGAAAAUGAAAAGAAACUUAAAUCUGAGAUAGAACUGUUGAACAAGGAUCUUACUGAUCUGAAGGAGCGAAAUAACGAACUUAACGACAAGUACAAGAGAGCUCUCGCUGACAGUGAAAAUCUUAGGGUCAGACUCUGCAAACAAAUUGACGACGCAAAGCUCUUUGGUAUUCAAGGCUUCUGCAAAGAUCUUCUGGAUGUUGCUGAUAUUUUAGGUAAAGCUACUGAAAGCGUUCCUAAGGAUCAACUAACAGAGAGAAAUCCACAUUUAAAAAGUCUCUAUGAAGGUCUGCAAAUGACAGAAGCACAACUCCACAAGGUCUUCAAAAAACAUGGUUUGGUAUCGUUCAACCCUCUCGAGGAGAAAUUUGAUCCGAACCAACACGAGGCGCUAUUUCAACAGGAAGUUGAAGGAAAACAGCCGGGUACUGUUGUCGUGGUUUCAAAAGUGGGCUACAAAUUGCACGAAAGAGUAGUUCGACCUGCUCUGGUUGGUGUGACCAAAGGAUAAUAGGAGUUGGACAAGGGGAAAAAUAUUGAAAACGAGAUUGUGAAAAAAUCUUUCUCAAGAUUAAUAUUAAAUAAAGGAAAAGCGGUGAAAAAGAUGUACAUGUGACGUCUCAUCAGUUGUUUUACAUGCAAAGUUAUUGGAUUAUCGUACACUUUUGUAGUUAUAAGUGACUGCUCGUGGAGAGUGCUAAAUUCAUGAUUUUAACUUUCCUUUGUAACACAGUGAUGUAUGUACAUAUUGUCGAAACGAACAGGAGUCAUGAAAAAAUAAUGACAACAAUAAAUAGCAAGCACAACUUGUGUUGAAUAUAAA